AAAGGCAAGACGAUAGCCAAUCAACUUCACUGGAAAAGCGAAAGCUGCGUGAUAAACGAAUUCGAAAAUCAUGCUGUGGUGUUGUUUCCUGCAAAACAGCAAGUAUAACAAAUAUGUAUUAUAAAUUAUAUAUGCAGGAUAUUUUACCUUUAUUGCAUUAUAUUCUACAACAGUAAUCUCUCUAUGAUGCGAUUUUGUAACUCUUAACGAUCACUAAGAGUUACAGAAUCGCACCACUGGUCCAACUUAGAGGCGAUUUUUCCUCAGCAGGGAUGUCGAGAGAGGUUAUAUCAAAGUUUCUAGCUGCAGUGACGUAAGGACGUGUGUGAACUGUUUGGAUGUGAUUUGUGAUUUUUUUGGAAAAUAACUAUUUUCAAGGAACAUCUGUAACUAUCAAAUCAUCGGAACUGACAUUGUCAAAUUAAUAUAAUCUACAUCUUAGAAUAUCUAUCUUAGAUAAUCUACAUAAUAUAAUAUACAUCUUAAAAAACGGUGUUAAGAAAUAGAUCUUAAUAGGUUCCUGAGCUAAUAACUGAAAGAGAGAGAAGGGGGGAAGAAAAAUAUUAUAAUAGAUUUUUUCUUAAUUGUUCAAUUUUCAACAUUCUACAUCUUUAAAUGGAAUCUUCCAAGUCUUAAGUUAACAUAAAUUUUAUCUGAUAUCAUUUCAACAAAUUUCGUUAUUUAUUUUAGCUUUCAAAAGUCUAAUUUGCGAAAAACCUUACGUGGUUAUUAAAGCGAUCUUCAAUCACUUCAAAUUCGAAAGUUAUCGGUAGUUCGAAGUACUUACUAAAAUCCAUAUAGCACAAAUCUCUAAAAUACUUUUUAAAGGGUUCCCAAGCCCUCCAGAACAUUGUUAGAAUUCUUUAAGAAGUCUUUUAGAGAUUUGUGCUACAAGGUAAAACAUUUGACUUUGGAUUAGUCAAAGAAUCUGUUGCUGAAAAAUACGAUUGAAGUGGGACAUCUCUGUCCUUUGAAUUUAUUUUAUUAUAACGCAUUAUAACGAAUUAUUUCAUUGAAUUUAUUUCAUUAUAUACAAGAAAUCACGUGAAUACUGCAUUGUCACAGUAAUUUCUUCUACGUUGUUCAAUUGAAAACUAAAAUUCAAAAAUCAAUUAAAAAUUAAAACGAUCCACUGACCCGCUGUUCAAUCGUAAUUGCACGUAAAAAUAAAAAAGCCUUGUUGCGCGAGGAAAAAAUAUUUCUUUUGUCGAAUCUAACAACCAAACUCAUUAUGUUUUAUUAAUUGAACAAGCUUUCAUUCUCGAGUUUUAUGUAUCGAGCUAUAUUGCACUGACUAAACGGCAGGCAGGCAGCCUGCCUUGCAGGUAGCGUCACCUGACCGAUGUGAACUGACCUACGCGGACGAACAUCGCCGUUGAUUGAACCCAUCAGUGAAUCAGCUGAUCGCUUACUCACGUGGGCGCAGUCAGCUGUGCGCGCGAUCAUGGACGAGCUCGCGAAGGAAGAUCUCGAGAUACCCCCGGCUAAAUACGAAUAUCUCGACCACACCGCGGACGUACAAUUACACGCAUGGGGCGAGACGAUGGAGGAAGCUUUCGAGCAAUGCGCCAUGGCCAUGUUCGGCUACACGACGGACUUGGACCGCGUGCAGAUUGAGCAGAUUCAUCAUAUAGAAGCCGAGGGCGACGAUCUUGAGAGUUUGCUCUUCCACUUCCUCGAUGAGCUGCUCUUCAUGUUCAGCGCCGAGCCGUACAUCGUCGCCAAGGUCAAGAUUACGGAAUUCGACGUGCAAGCCUUCAAGAUCAAGGCGACCGCGUUUGGCGAGGAGUUUACUAUCGGCAAGCACACGCAGGGUGCCGAAGUGAAGGCCAUCACGUACUCCGCGAUGCAGAUCCACGAUCGUCCGGCGGUGGAUCGGCCCGAGGUAUUCGUCAUCGUCGACAUAUGACGCGUACAUCGGCCCAGCCCUGCUAGCCCUUACCGUCGUGCGCGCUUACCUAUGUUCCUUCGCGCAACGCGCGCCUCCGGACAACGGACAAGUGGGGAUGACUGGUCUGUUACGGAGGGUUGGAGGGAAGCAGGAGGGACACGGCCGCCGGAGGGCGAGAAGGGAGGGUGCGCCUCCCCUACGGCCUACAUAGAGGAUACGAUCCUUUUGUAGUUGAGUAGGGUUCAAAUAAAUACGUUACGAAGAAAGCACCGGGCCCCCUUCUUGGUGACCUGACUCAGGCGCGUGUCAAGACGCCACGGGCACCUGGAGCGCGUGCUCGCGAAGUUGGGGGCCCGCCGAAGGUGUCGGUUUUCGCUUCAAGUACCGGUGUAUCUCGUCAGGAUAGUUUUUAUCGUCAUUAUUGUGUAACUAGCUCGUAUACAAGUUUAUACAUAUAUGUGAGUUAUGCUUUUUAGUAUUCGAUGUACCUGUUCGACAUACAUUGAUAUUUCGUCGGACAUUUCGACGAGUGCGCCUUCACCGAAUUAGUAUUUUAUUACUUUCGAUUUUACCUAGCAAUUACUCUCGAUUUUACUCGCAAUGUUAGAAUAUCUAUUGGAGCAUACUCUUUAUACGUUUUCUAUUUCUACCUACGUUCAUAGAAGUUGUGCGACUCGUAGUAACAUUACGUCCAAGAGAUUUGAUCGGAUAAUAGAAAGUUAUGUAAAUUUCACAAAAUUGUUAGAUUUCCACCAACAUUCUGCGAUAUAUCCGUCGUGCUCUUGACUAUAUCUCCGUGUUAUUCAGGUCGUGGCGCGCGGACUCCUCGUGAAAAUAAAAAUGCCGUGAAGUGUGAGAAAAAGUGGUAGCGCGUUGCGGCGAUUUGCUCGGAAAUAAAAGUAUGCGACUUUUUUGUCGA